CUGGGUGAGACGCACACAGCAAUAAUGUUCGAAGUGGGGAGAGAAAGAAACGACGAUCAAGGAAUUCAAGAAGAAACGAACGUUGUCCGCAUUGAAACAUUUGAAAUGGCAAAAGGAUGUUGAUUGAUCAAAGACGCAGUCAGAGGUAGAAGAGGCUUGAAGCCCUCCCGAUGUUCCUCAUAAUCUCAUGGCAGAGAAGAAGCAGACAGUAAUGGUGCUUCGAGAGGACGGGGCUACUGCCCCGGCCGUGGCCCCAACUACUGCUGCUGCAUCAUCCUUUUUUGUAGACCUCAAGCCAGGGCAGACCAUUGAAGGAGGCAAAGAUAAGGAAGCUUUGGAGGCUAGUGGAGAACAUAAUGAUGUUAUGAAACCAUCUCUAGGUUUGGUAGCAGGAAGUCCUUAUGCAGUCACCUCCACAUUAUCCUCAGACACAAACUCUAGCCACCAUCCUGAGAAUUUGCCCCCAGAGGCUACAACCAAGGGCAUCACAGUUACCCUGGAUAACAACAACAUGUGGAACGAGUUCUUCCGCUGCAAGACGGAGAUGAUUCUAACCAAGCAAGGUAGGCGAAUGUUUCCGUCUUGCCGGUAUCGCAUUUCGGGGAUGGAGCCUUUCCAGAGCUACCUCCUGAUCAUGGAUAUUGCUCCGAAGGACAACUAUCGUUAUAAAUGGAGUGAUCAUCGCUGGGAGCCAAAUGGAAAAUGUGAGGCUCAUGUGUCAGGAAGGGUCUUCAUCCACCCAGAGUCCCCUGCUUCUGGUCACUACUGGAUGCAGAGUCCUGUGUCAUUUUAUAAGCUCAAGCUUACAAAUAAUGUCAUGGACCAAGACGGCCAUGUCGUUUUACACUCCAUGCAUCGAUACUUGCCGCGGUUGCACAUAGUUCCUGCUGAGAAGCAAGCAGAUGUGAUCGAUGUGAAUGGGCCAGAUGUCAUGACCUUCAUUUUUCCACAAACAGAAUUUUUUGCUGUAACGGCUUACCAGAACCUGAGUAUCACGCAACUCAAAAUCGACUAUAACCCUUUCGCAAAGGGUUUUCGGGAAGAUGCUUCCAACUUGCGCAGCUUAAUGCCUAAGCUAGGAUCCCCAAGUGUGUCAGAGAAAGGUGAAAGUAAGAAUGAUAAGGAGCUUGGACCCAUUAAAAACAGUCUCAAAACGCUGUUUGCUAAAAGGGUCCCUGUUGGAAAAAUGAAAAAGGAACAGGAACCUCCAGCCAUGAAGGAGGAUGGGGUUGACUGCACCAAUAGUAGUAUCCAACCGUCAGUCGUGAUGGAGAAAAGUAUUGUGAAAAGACGUCCAAGUACCCUGUCUGAGCUGUUUCAAGGGACCCCGCUUAAACUGAGAAGGACAGCCCCUGAGAGCAGUGGUUCCAGUAGCACCUUGAAGAAGAAAAACGAUGGCUGUGUUAACACUUGGGGCAACCUUGAUCCUGAGAGGGAGCCACAAAAGUCAGAGCAAGAGGAUGUACAGGCAAAGUCUGUUGUGAAGGAGGAGUUACACAUAGAUUUGAAAUCCAAGGAGGAUUCUGAACAGGCUCCUGAUGUAUCCAAUUCUGUUCAUGAGCCCACAAGUGGUCAAUCAUUUGUUACACAGGAAAAUAGACAAAAGGUUCCUAGCAUUUCAUCAACGGAAACACGGUCUGGUAUAAAGUUCUGCAACUCCGAAGAACAAAGCCAGAAUAAAUCUGUUCCACAAAAACGAUCAGGUGCUGCGGCUUUGCCCCUUCUUGCGUUGUUCUUUCAGCAGCUCAAAUCAAAGCCAAAAUCAGUUAAGCUCACCCCUAAACCUGGUCAUUUACUCUUUGAAAAGUUCAAAUCACAACCCAAAUCUGUCGAUCUUGUCCAAAAACCUGAUAUUUCUUGUUCGUCACCCUCAACAAGUAUUGUUUUAAAACCUAAUUCCACACAUCCUUCAGAAUCAUGUACUCAACUGGUUGACACCCAUACCUCACCAACACUGACUCCUAUCUCAUCCAAUAAAACUGUUGAAAGCAUUGCUGUCGAUGCCCCGUCAGAAUGUUUGACAUCUUCAAAAACUGAUUACACAGCCUUUGUCAAAACAUUCCCUGAAAUCCAGACUUCUUCACUGUCCACUGAGACACAUUCAUCACAGUCCACUACAGACCCCUCUGACACUGACACAACGCCCACUACAAAAUUUGAGGAACCUAGAUCACAGUCCUUUAUUACAAGUGCCUCUGAAGUCCCUGUCAACCAUUCCACUACCCUUGCCACACCAUCACCAUUGUCAUGCGAAGCUGAUGGCCCUGCCUCAGCACCUGAUUCACCAUCAUCCCCCGUCUUUUCACAUGGUAGCCCUGCACCUUCAUCUGACCAAGAACCAGUAGAUCGUCUUCCUGAUGAACUGCUGGAUAUUCCUCAAGUCAGUGAGCAAGACAAUGGCAAUGAAGCGAGUGGUGGAACUGGUGUGGCUUCCCUCGUGGUCAACACUAGCAACCAGAUAUCUGUGGGGAAAAAGCCUAAGGGGAGACCCAGGAAAGGCAGAAAACGCAAACAGCCUGAGGAGCCGCUGUUGGUGAGUGGUCCUACAGACGUCCGCAUGCAACCCAGCCUUGAAGAUGUGGAAGGCCAAUUAUUUGUCUCCUUUACCUCAAAGGAGGCUCUUGAAGUACAUCUGGAUGACAAUGAUGAAGAAUCUCCACCACCACAAUUACCUGAGGUUAUGGAAAAGCAAGUUGAAUCCCUUGAGGCCAUGGCUGAACGAAUCGCCUCAUUAGAGAAGGCCCUCCUUCAAGAUUUAAAGGUCAUGAAACACAAACAGGUCAUCCACCCAGUUCUACAGGAAGUUGGUCUGAAGUUGAAUAUACUUGAUCAGAUCUUAGCCAUUGAUCUGGUAUAUUUGGGUGUGGAACUACCGAUUCCCCCUCCCUCUCCAUGUCCUAGUACAAGCUCAGGGAGUGUGUCAUCACAACUCCCUUUUGUUUCUAGGACCGGAAAAACAACAGAUAUCACCAAAAUCAAAGGCUGGAGGGAUAAAUUUGUAGCACCAGACCCUAAAGAAUCACCUCCUGAAGCUGGUAACAGCUCAGAUGCAGCACUGAAGAAUCGGUCAGCCUUCUGCAGUGACAUGCUAGAUGAGUAUCUGGCCAGUGAGGGAAAGCUCAUAGACGAGCGCGCGGCCAGUUUCUCCACGAGCAGCGUCACCCCUGUUUCUUACCAGAUGCCCACCAAAAGCAGUAGUUACGUGCGGACACUGGACAGCGUGCUGAAGAAGAGGGCACCUGCAUCCGUCACUCCCACCCCCAAAUCAGUUCCACCUGUUACCCCAGCUGCCUCCCAAACCAAAAAGUCCAAGGUAUCUCCUAAGACGCAGAAGUCAGGAGCAAGCACGGCUCGCAGGUCAUCCAGGACAACCACUCCCAAGGCAAACCCCACAACGGCACACCCACCUUCAUCCACACCUGAAACUCAAGAUGCUCUAGCCAGCAAAAAGUCAUCAUCCAAGGUCAAAAACACCCUAAAGCCACCAAGAUCAAAGACGCUGUCAGUCAAGGAUGCAGUGCAGAGUGACACUAGUUCAGUCACCCAGGCAGGUAAAUCUGUCUGGGGACGCGAUGUGACCCUGCCUCGCACUGUGUUGAAGCUGCUGGAGGUGGAAGAUGGAUCGGUGUGGGAAGGGAAAGAGCGGACAUUUGUCACAGAGGAACGGGCCUCCAUUGCACUAGCAGCCCUUGCCUCUGCCUCUGCCACGGGAGUUGUAGGGGAAAACAAGGUGGCCAUGCCAAUCAUCAAACGUCGAGCGCCACCCUGCCUCCGUCCCCACUGCCGUCUGGGCUGUGUAUGUGCCAGCCUGGUUCAGGAGCGGCGCCACAACCACUGCGGAAAGCCAGAGUGCAUGCUGGGAUGCAACUGCCUGCGGCACAAAGUUGUUUUGCUUAAGAAGCAUGAGAAGGUGACUGAGGGCUCAAGAGAAUCUCCAUCGUCUCAAACCUUGACGGAGGACGAGGAGGGCUCCAUCAAAAUGAAGAGGAAGAAGAAGAAGAAAAAGAACAAAUCUCUGGCCUAUGUGCUCACAGAUCCUCCAGUAACCUCAGAGCCAGCCACCCGUGUGAGGACAAUCUGGAAGUACGAAGGGACGGAGGCUGAUCAAGAUGAGCUGCACAUCCCUACUCCAGUCUACCUCCCCUGCCCUCUACGUUAUGAUAUUAAACCAGACUCUGAGGACGUGGACAAUGAUGAGGGCAUGAUGACUUGUGCACGGAUCCGACCCUAUGAAGCCAAGACCUCAAAGGAGUCUAACAGAAAGGAAGAGAACGUCCCAGUAGACUUGGCAGAUGACUGGACACCAGAGGCAGGUACAGAAAGCAGACUGGAGUCAGAAGAGCAUAGUGAACAAGAGGAGAGUGGUCAUGGUGAUGAACCAGAGCCUGGUGAGUACACCCAUGGCCCCUCCAAGCGCCUGGAGGUUGUGUCCGAAUGCAAUUGGGACCGACGGACUGACCGCACGUACAUCAUGCGGGUGCUGUGCGAGCACAUGGACAAGGACCGCCUGAAGACGCCCUUUUGGAUUGGCAAAUACCGCAUCCAGCCCAUCUCGCAGACUGUGGUGGAUGAGGGCCAGGGGCCCUGUGUCAACUACAAGGUCCUCAUCUCGCAGCCACAGCUUGGCUUACUGAAGGAUAAGAUCCAGACUCGUUUGGAGACCAAACCACCGGCUCCACCUGUGGAGAAAGCUGCUCCAGCUCCACAGAAGCCUGCAGAACAGCAGAAGCCAGCAGAACAGCAGAAGCCAGUUGCAAGGCCAAAACUCAUGCCUGAGCCGAAGGUUGAACCGAAAACAAAGCCCAGAGUGAUGGAGCCCUUGCCCAAACUAAAACCAGAUCAAGGCCUCCCCUUCCUGGCUGGUGUCCCUACAGCGGGUCUGCUUAUUGCCCAACGAAAAAAUGGUGAAGGCUGUCCUGUAACGGUGAAUGGAAAAUCGUACCCUAAAGCCAGACUACAGCUUGGUCACAUGGGAGCACUUCACCCAGCCAACAGGCUAGCUGCAUACAUCACAGGCCGUCUGGACCCUGUGAAUCUACCAGGGUAUCCAAAAUCUCAAGCCCAAGCCGCAAGCACGGCCAAUGCCACAGUUACAACUACUGCUAGUGAUGUGAUGGUUACUUCUAUUACUACAACAGCAGCAACUCCUCUGCUUCAAAAAUCCACAGUGACCAAGCCCUCUGUGGGAAAGGUCUACACCCAGUUUGUGGUCAACCAGCUCUGCUCCCAGCAGCAGAAGCUGCCGUGCACUGGGGGUGCUCAGCUGUUGGGCAGUGUUCAGAAAGUAGUCUUAUCUUCCAACCCCGUGGUUGUGGUGGGCCAUCGUGUUGCCGCCCAGAGUACCCAAAAAGAACAGGGGUCUGGGGAUAACAAAGGACCUAUCGUCGUCACUCUGUCUCCAAGCAAACAGGCCCCACAGAAGGGCUCUGUUGGCACCUUGGCAUCCUCGGUCACAACAGCUGUUACUACCACUACCACUACCACUACUCCAACCACCUCAGGCACCUCAGAUAGGGCACCUCAACUCCAGACGGUAGUGAAAAUCGUUCCUCGCCAGCAGCCGGUAGGGGUGCCCACUCCAGCUGUUAGGGCCGUCGCCCCAGCAACAAUAGGAGCCCGGAAUAUUUUGACCCAGAAUGCCAGUCGAGUCUUGCUUCAGCCAGUUCGAACCAGCUCUGGGGCGACCCUCUACCGUAACCCCAAUGGCCAGCUUGUUCAGCUCGUGCCCCUUAGCCAGCUGCGGAACCUUAAACCCAAUUUUGUGCUGAAAGACCAGACCAAAGCUUUUGUGCGGUUACCCUCUCCAGUUGUCCUUGGCACUAAACCCAGAGGACCCACCCAGAAUGCUGUUUCUUCACCUCUAACAAACACCUCAGGUGCACCAUUGGCCGUUGCCACCCCGACCAGCUCCUCCUCAGUCACAGCGGUCUCAAGCCAAAAGCCAAUCACAACCAGUGCUGUGAGCGCAUCAAGUUCAACUACCAGCACUUCCCCACCUAAAGCAGCCAAGGUCAUCUCCCUGUCUGGGUCCUCUGCUUUCGCCAUUAAAACAGUCUCGCCUGCGCUCAAAGGAGCUCCAGAGUUCUUAGGGGACACUGGAACUCACACCGUGAGGAUCUUACCAACCAGUCCUGGAACUCAAGGGCUCCCUCUGGCUCUGGGGGCAGCUAAACUUGUUCCGGCCAGUGGAAGUUUCACCUUGCUUCAACCACCAACCAACAAGACCGGUGUAGCUCUUAGGCCAGAUAGAGUCUCAGUAGCCCCCUUAUCAAACAAACCUCCACUGGUGUUGGUUGUUGACAAACCCACAGCAGUUCCUGUUGUAGAAAAACCUGCCACAGAUCCUUCACCGAGUAAACCCUCACCAGUUCCUGUUUUGGCCAAACCUCAAGCAGUGUUGCUGGUAGAUAACUCCAAAACAGUUUUUGCAGAAGGCAAACCAACAACAGCGUCGGGACCUUCAGCCUCUACUGUCCUUACAUUGGUGAAAACUCCAGAAGUCCAGAAGCUGUCAGACAAAUCUCCAGAGGUUUUGGCAGUGCCAGAUAAGGACAAACCUCCAACAUCUGCAGUUCCAAAGAAACUUUCAGCGCCGGCUGUUAAAAAUGAACGUUCACUCUUAGUGUCAGACAAGUUGACAACAGUCCUUUCAUCUAACAAUGCUGAUAAACUACCUGAAGGCCCUGUGUUGGACAAACCCGAUGUGGUACCCGCAUCAGGCAGUUCUGCCUCUGUGCAGAAAAGACAGGAAAGCAUUGUCACAGAUACCACAGCAGAAGGUUCUGUUGGAUCCCCAAUAGAUCUCUCUGCAGACCACAGCUAUUCCGGUGAUUCAGGUCUGACCAGCCUAGUAAAAGCUGAUCAGCCGAAGCCGACCGGUCCUACCAACAACACUCCACCUGGAGAUGGGAAUACUCCCUCGGUCGAAACCUCAAAGGGAAACUCUGUGUCAAACCCCUCUGUCUCUUUCCGGAGCGACCAUAUGCAGGCUGAAAAGGCUGUCCCAGAUGGUGAGCCCAUGCUCUUUAAGGAGAUGCUGGAUCUAGCACCACUAAGCCCCUCAGUGGAUGAAGUAGGCACUAUACACAUCGACAGUGACGACCAUGAAGAUGAGGAUUGCAUUGUUGUGUCAGAAAAGAAGCCAGCAAUGGAGGAAGGAGAGAUUGGCUCAGAUGUUGAGAUCGUGGGAGACACUUUCAUCCUGACUGAUGACUCUGAUAUGGACUCUGACACGGAUGAGUCUGUUUGCGUGAUCAGUGAUUUUAGUGAUGAGGACAACACUGUUGACAUUGAGACCGUGGAUGUGUCAACUAUGUCACAUAACUCUGAUUUAAACAAAAAUAAAUUAAGUCAGAAGAGUGCGCCCAUUUUGGAAAGGGCUCAAAGGCUUGAAGGCCACAAACACAAUGAGAGGCUGCGCCGGAACUUCAUGAGGCAGUGUUUCAGUAAGCUGCAGCUGUCGCUGAGUCUCUCUGACCCCAAGCCAUCCAAAAUAUCCAUUAUCCAAGAGGCCACAAAACAAAUUCGUGAACUUCAAACCCAAGGAUUUUACCUGCGAAAUGAAAAAGAUGUGCUGAUUAAAAAGCAGAGGAUAUACCUCAAGAAGAUAUCAGAGUCCUCAGGGAAGUCUGAGGAGAUGAUUCUAAAAAAGCUACAGGAGAUCAGCGGCAGGCAGAAGGUCAUCGAGGAACACAGGAAGCGGAAGCAACAACUCUCUGUGUUGUCACUACCGAAAGAGCUAAUUGUCUGCCCACCAGUCCCUAGCUCUGAAAAAUCCUCUUCCCCCACUCCUUCAGCCACAGCAGGCUCUGAGCACAGCCCUCAUGCCAAGCGUCGGCCUGCCCAGCAGCCUGCCCCUCCCCCAACCUACCAGGCUCCUUUGGUACCUUCGCGUCCAGAGAAGCGGCCUAAAAUACUGCCCAACAUCCUCAGUAAGAGGUCCAGAGCCCCUCCAGUAGAACCCCCAGCAGCUCCGUCUCCAGUGCCCGCUUCAGCGUUCGCGGUUAUAAACCCCAUGUUGCCUGGCCAGCAGAUCAUCACGCUGUCCAACCCCCUGCACACUCUCCUGCCCCUAGCCUCCCUUUCCAGUCUCCCAGGUCACAAGUCAUCUACGCCAGGCGUGGCUGCGGUGAGCAUCAGAGUCCCGCCUGUGCCAAAGGCCAUUCAGCUAGAGGGUACUCAUUCCCUCGUGUCUGACCAAACUCCAAAAGUGGACAAACCAGCAGCGAAUGCUAUCAGUCUACCCAAGAUAGUAACGGUCAUGUCCCUGGUACCUUCCAUGGAAAACUCGGUCCCAAGUACUAAUAUCACAGCCCAGGAAAAGACUGAUCCUGCUGUUUGCUUACCCUUGGCCACAGUAAGCACACCAACCCCUCCGAGUACAGAUAUACUAGAGGAGGGAGAGGUCCCGGAUGGGCCGCUGACCGUAGUCAGGGAGCUCACCGCUCAUCUGAAGGCCUCAGCUGAUCUAGAAGUUAACGAAGAAGACGAAGAAGACGAAGGAGACGAGGAGGAAACCAGUGAAGCGGUGACGAAACAGGGGAAUGUUGACCCCACUCUGAUGUCGCUGCUCAAUGAGAUCGUGUUCCUCAACCAGCAAUUGGGCGGCGAUGGGUCCAAGCCGUCCACUCCUGGUGACAUUCUGCCACCACCAGAGCCAGGCGAGGUCCUGGUGGACCAGCCAAGGGGUGUGGCACUGGACGACGAACGUUCCCUCAGCCCUUUGUUCCUCCGCCUGGACGAUGACGAUUCCACGACCUCCACCCCCACAAAAUCUACGUCUAGUCACAAAACCCAGAUGGCAGUGGAUGAUCCUGUCAAAGCAGCGGUCGGAUCAGAACCAGUCGUGAAGGUGGCACCCGCUUCCGGGCCCACUCCGCUGCUCACCCCUGUUCCUGUCCCUUCCACGACCACAAACGGACAGAGUCCACCAACAACGCCCAGUGCUGCCAAAGGUGAUGCAUUGGCCCCGCCACCUCUCCUGCAGAUGAAGGCAGGAAGUGUAGCGCCACCUGUGGCCCCGUCGCUCAAGGACAACUCGUCAUGGCGACCUAUGCCCAAACUUGUUCCUUUGGGCUUGAAGGCCACACCACAGGUACCUCUAAGUCGGGGAACUGGCUCAACCCAGUAGACGUUGUCCUUGUUUUGUUUUGUUUUAUUUUGGUUUGGUUUGGGUUUUUUUGGUAGCAAAGCAAUCAGGGAUUUGUUCUUAAUCUGAUGUAUAUUUAAAUUGAUGGAAGAGAAACUCUCAUGUUUGUGUGUCUGUAUUUUUGUUUCUGUUCGGCUUGUUUUUUUAAAACAAGCACUGCCUGAUGUGCCUACCUGCUUAUCCCAAAGACGUGUUUGUCCUAAUUUCAGUAAUAUAUCCUAAAACAGGGAAAACAUACACAUCUUAAGAUGAGGAAGAUAUAAGAAAUUCAGAAAGUAUAGGUAAUACUUGAACCUGCUGUUUUUCUUUUGGUUUGUGUUGAAUCUUUUAAAAAAAAGCGUAUAUAUUGUUUAGUUUUUUUGGUGUUUCGGUUACAGUUGUUUUUCCUCUUGUCGGGAAGAGGACAUGCAAUACAUAACAAUCUACUUGAAACAUGAGAUGUAAAUGGCUUAUACGAAAUAGUUAUGCCUCCGAGAUGGAGAUUGUGUUCAUAUGUCACCUUUUCUUCUAAACAUCUUUUGCAUUUUUAUGUAGGUGUGGUGGGGUCUCUCCAUAUUGGAGCAGAGACCACCUUUAAAGCAUAGGAGAUAACUAAGCUAGUUCAAAGAUGAAUGUAAGUUUGGCGGAAAGAUUUAGCCUUUGGGUGUGAGUCGCUGCUCCCUUUGUCACACUUGAAACUCUGUUUAACAAUUAUUCACAACACAACAGUGUAAUAAAGGCUGUGUCCCAUGUGACUUUGUACAAACAUCUGUAGGGAGAUGCUGGGGUAGUUGACCUUUUGUGUAGACAUUUGUUUUUCCAAUGAACUGUGAAGCGUUAAGAGUCCGCCUAUCUUAACAUUUCACGCUAUCUUUUAUCAUGAUUAUGAGAAACAUACACUAUGAAGCCCUUGAGGAUGGCAAUGUUUUAACGCUAAUAAUGCAAUAAUACAGUAUAGUUCUCAGUAUAGGGUCAUGGCUUUUGUGCUUGUUCAUCUUUUUACCCUUCAGUUGCUGGCUCAGAGAAGUGCAGGUUGUUAUCACUGCAGUUUUCAGUGUUUUGAACCACCAUGGUUUGUGUGCAAGAUUUCAAAGGGACUCAGACAAGUUUGUUGAUCACCCACCACCUAUCGAAAGAUUUUAGUCAAGCAAUCCAGCUCUAUAAUUGGUUGGUUGAAUGAUCUGUCCUACCACUUUCUUUGCAGUCUACUAGGGUAUAAUUGAAUUAUUGUACAAAAUAAUGCACAGUUAAAACGCAUAGGAACCCCAUCACCAGUAUUCUCUACGUACUCAUAGUUUACUUGGUCAUUCCCAAAAAACAACCUGAGCACAUCGACACAGUGUGGUUUAUUGUCGUUUCACUACAGGAUAUAUUCCUUAUGCAAGUCCUGUGUUCAGUUUUUGCAAUCUUUGGUUGCAGAAGUACAAAGUGCAUAUCUGUGUGUAAAUAUCUUGAGAAGGACAUUGUCUAUAGUUCAUUACUGUGAAUACUGCAAGAUUUAGCAUGUACAUUUUGUCAGUUUUUGUAUGUUUAUCGGUCACAUUAAGAAUUGUUUGGGGUUUCCUCUAUGAAUAAGCCUGAUAUGUCCAGUAUAUAAUGUUUGUUUAUACUCUAAAAGAAAAAGAUCUGUAAAUAAAGAGGGUUGUGUGCUGGUUUUUGUACUAAGCUUGAAAAUAUUUUUGUAAGAUGUUCAUAUGUAGACAGUGUUACACUGGCUGACAGACUAGAACAAGAGCUGAAGUGUCCUUGAUGAGUAAAUAAAGGUGUGUGUUAAACUUG